GCGGACCCGGUGGUCCGGUAAAGGAAAGGGUCUUGCAGCAAACUUUUAUGUGUCAAAGUUCUGAMUAUUUUGUUCCGCUUCAGCAGUCUACUCUGUUUCAACGAGACAGUUGACUUUAGAGUCCAGCAGCAAGCAGUUCUGCUUCGGUCCACGGGGUGGUGAAACGGUUCUGGGGUGGGGUUCUGAUCAGUCACCGCCUCUUCCUCUGAAGACCGCUUUUCAAAAUCCGCUGCAAACCAGUAGGAUGAAUGUUGKGCCGAAGUCUGGAGUCACAACGCAGCUGGAGACACAUAACAGCUCUUAAUACAGUUUAGAGGUCGGGAAACACCUCAGCGGGUCCAGAUCUGCCCGAGUUUAAUGAACACUUGGUGCUGCCUUCAGGGACUAGCUGUAAAGUUUGGAUUCACUAAAUUCGGAGUCGAAGAAGAAGACAGCUCCACUACCGGCCAAGUUUCUUAAACUUUGGGSUUGGUGCCGUCCUGUGGGAUGGGUGACGGCCAAGAACAGGACCAGUACGAGGAGCGCCUGAAGGAAGUCUUUUACAGUUUUGAYGCCAGCGGCUGUGGCUCUCUGAGCUCCGAGGAACUCUCAGACCUCUGUCAGUCUCUGCACCUGGAUGAGGCCACACCAGCUCUGUUCCACAGGCUGCUGCAGAACCAGGACCACCUCAGUGCCAGG